AGGCUUCUGCCGUGUGUGCCCCGCCUGGCGCCCCGCCCGUCGGAGCUGUGGGCACAUCGUCCCUAGCAGGAGUCUCCUUAGCCCUGGCGACCUGCGCGCCACCUGCGCGGCGAGGCUCGUUCCCACUUGAGCCGACUGUGCCCAGGAAGGUGUAAGUGGGCAUGGCUGUGCCCGCCGGCAGGAGCAGGGGCAACCGGCGCGCCUAGCGCGGGGAUGGCUCAAGUUCUGUACAUCUUAAGAGUGACUGGCACGACCCCUUUGGAAGUGGAAGAAAGAAAGAAGUUGGUUUCCACUGGGGGCUCCCCGCCCUUGAGAGGCGCCUGUCAUAAGGUGUGAGCACGUCAUGCACAGACUGUGAAGAGCUGCUGGUCUCUACCAAUAGAAUAUGUUUCCCACUGAGGAAAGUGAAAUCCUGUCAGACAAAGAAGAAAUAUAGUAUAAGCCCCCACAGAAUCACAGAAUGUCAGAACCUGAAAGGACCUUAAAGGUCAUCUAAUCUCCAGCUUCUUAAACUGUGGAUCUCAACUUCAUAUGGGGUCUCAUAACUGAAUGAAGGCAUGCCCCAGACGCUGAAUGCCACAAGCAUGGUGACUCCCUGUGGCUUCAGCCCCCACCUUCAUUCAUCUGGGGAGCAAGGAGGACUGAUCUUUCAGGAUGGAAACCUGAGCUCCGCAUCACUCGAUGCUUUGAUCCAGCACCUCAUCCCUACCACAGACUACUAUCCGGAAAAAGCCUACAUCUUUACCUUUCUGCUGAGUUCCAGACUCUUCAUCGAGCCCCAUGAGCUCUUGGCCCGAGUCUGUCACCAAUGCAUUGAACAGCAGAGACUGGAUGAACCUGUACUGGACAAGGCCCGUGUCCGAAAAUUUGGUCCCAAGCUCCUGCAGCUAUUGGCAGAGUGGACAGAAACAUUCCCCUAUGACUUUCAGGAGGAGAAGAUGGUUGGUCACCUGAAGGACAUGAUUCGCCGAAUUGCACCCUGUGAUGAGGCUUACUGGAAAAGGAUGAAUCAGCUCCUGCAGGCACUGAAUCAGAAGCUUGCCACUCUUAGCCAUGGACAGGAAGGUCUAGUCAAAAUCAAUCCUACCGUCUCAGACAAGCUUGUCUCUUUUAAGACGAAGCCUCCCCCCUCAAUUCAGCGAGAGAUCCUGAGCGUCUGCAGUGAUCCUUACACUCUAGCUCAGCAACUGACCCAUGUAGAACUGGAAAGACUGAGUCACAUUGGACCUGAAGAAUUUGUCCAAGCUUUUGUGCAUAAAGAUUCUUUGGACAGUACAAAGUCUUGUUUCAGUGAACAGAACAAAACAAAUAACCUCGAAGCUUAUGUGAAAUGGUUCAACCGCCUUUGUUACCUUGUGGCGACGGAAAUCUGCAUGCCGGCCAAAAAGAAGCAGAGGGCACAAGUGAUUGAGUUUUUCAUCGAUGUGGCUCGGGAAUGCUUCAACAUUGGGAAUUUCAAUUCACUGAUGGCAAUCAUCUCGGGCAUGAACAUGAGCCCUGUCUCCAGACUAAAGAAGACAUGGUCCAAAGUGAAAACAGCCAAGUUUUUCAUCCUUGAGCACCAGAUGGAUCCCACAGGCAAUUUCUAUAACUACCGGACAGCACUGAGAGGGGCAGCCCAUCGAUCUCUCACUGCCCACAGUAACAGAGAGAAGAUAGUCAUUCCUUUCUUCAGUCUGCUAAUCAAAGACAUAUACUUUUUAAAUGAAGGAUGUGCCAAUCGCCUUCCAAAUGGACACGUCAAUUUUGAAAAAUUUUUGGAGCUGGCUAAACAAGUUGGGGAAUUUAUAACAUGGAAACAAGUGGAAUGCCCAUUUGAACAAGAUCCCAACAUCACUCACUAUUUACACACAGCUCCUAUCUUCACUGAAGAUGGUCUUUAUCUGGCUUCUUAUGAAAGUGAAAGCCCAGAGAACCAAGUAGAAAAAGAGAGGUGGAAGUCUUUAAGGUCUACUAUUUUAGGAAAGACUUGAACAAGAAAUUGACAAAAUAGGAAAAGAAAAAAACAGCAAAAAUACUUUGCACUACUGAUUCCAAAGAUGCCUAUUGGGGAUUUAGGUGUCAAUUUCUUUCUUUCUCUCUCUCUCUCUUUUUUGAUGAACCACAAAACAUGAUGAACUGCAUUCUCUGCUGAAAUUGACAGCAUUCUGCACAAUUCUCCUUUUCUAAAUGCUUAUAUCCUGAAAAUGACAGUGGCUGUCACUCACAUCCAGAGGCAUCAAGACUGCCUGGGUUAAUGGUUCCCUUGCCUCUGAAGGCAGAGAGCAAGCCACGGUGCUACCCCAAAUCUUUGUGAAGCUAACAUGAUCAAAUGGAAACAAAAAAGCCUUCAGCAGGUGCUUCAAGAAGCAGCCUCUAAGUGUGUUCCCAGGACCAUGAAAUGGCAUUGUGUCUAACUCUGUCCAAUCUUAAAUAAAAACUUUGUUCUCCAACAGAGAUAACCAGACUAGUUGGAUAAUGAGUGCAUUGCAAUCAAAUGCACCAAUUACCGGGACAAGGAGCCUGGGGAGCCUUGAUAUCACAAAUAACACCGCAGGAACUGUCCAUUCAUGACUUCCUUUCUUAAUCAUUGCUUCUCUUUCUGGACUCAAAUCAGAGCAGCGGCUAAGCGUGAAACAGUACUGGCUGCAUCAAUUGUACCUUCAGCUUCUGCUGAUGAAGCACAUUGCUCUGAGAGAUGGGUUUACCUCUAAUUAAGGCAUGUGGGUCAUUCCCUGGUUCUGCUGAUGCUGAGAAAUCUCUUCUGUGACAUAUGAUGAAAUAUAACUGUGUGAAAGAGGUCAGUGGGCCAAAAUUGAUUUCACUUAGUGGGUAACUCAUAGGUUAAAAUUAGUGGAAUAUAAUUCUGAUGUAAUAUCUGUUGUUAAUAUAUGUGUGUGUGUGUAUGUGUGUACAGACACACAUACACACACACACACACACACACACACAUAUUUAUCCCUUAACCCAAGAGAACUUGUUCUAAAUACCCAUAAUAUCAUCGAAUUAGAAUAAAGAGUCUAGUAUCUCAGGGCUCCUAGACAGUCACUGUUUGGAGAUAGAGUGUGCGUGCCAUUUCUUCUCCAUAAGGGUUUAUGUCAUAUAGAUUAUAACAAGCGCAAAACAAUCAUUCACUUAGAAGAAAUAAAUGGAGUACCAUCCUGCAAUGUAAUUAACCUAUAUCUGCCACAUUCACUCAUAUGCUACACUAAUUACCCAUGUUCGUGUUGUUUUUGUU